CCCGAUUUUUGCCUUUCCCAGCAUCUCGGCAAAAGAUUGGUUACUAAAUCUGGACCACUCCGAAUCUAGUGUUUCUUUAGAGCACUAUCGCAAGUUUGAGAGGCAUGUUCUACCUGCCGUAAAAAGUGGGGAUGAAGCCCAGAGGCAAGAGCGAUGGAUGUGAUGAACCGGGCUGUUGGGACUUACUUGACCGGGAUGAUUCAUGUGCUAUGUGACUUGGGGUCGUGUUUCGCCCGCUGAGAUGUAGGUCACGCCGUCCAUACUCUUCUACGAUGCAAGCCGAACUCAAGCAGAGCAUUGAGGACAAAACGAGGGCACUGAGCCGUGCUCUGGAUGAACUACAAGAGAGCAAAGGGACACGAGAAAAUGUGACGAAAGCUUUGCUUGAGUUGAUCAAGGUGGUCUGUCCUGUGCCACAGCAAUCAGAGUCUGGCAAGCAAAGUCCAACACCACUGCGGCAGAUUGUACGGUACAUUGCAAGCCUACUACAGCCCACCCAUGAUGAUCAGCAGGCAUUCUACCAUGCGACCCCGGAAUAUCAAAUUACUAGAAUCUCUCUAUCGCAGUCACCCGUCACUUCGAACGAAUGUAUUAUCCACGAAACAGCAGUUGACCUUGUCGAUUCUUCGGUCCAAGCGGGAAAUAUACAGCCCAGUCCUCUUGAAACAGGCCUAAUGGAUGUUGUGAUUUCUGAGGAAGACCUUGCGGCAAUCUUUGCGACAGAACUUCUGCCAGAUCAUAUGCCAGGUGAUGAUAUGUCUCCCCCUCUUCACGGAUUUGGGGAUCAGUAUGGGGAGAGUUUGGAAACUCUAUUGGCUAUGGUUCCCAACAUUGAAAAUUCGACAACCCAUAAGACGGUUCGUGACUCACCUGCAACAACUGAUGAUGCUCUAUUUGUGCCUCAGUCAAACGCUGCAAUGGAUUUCUACACACAGCCGCAAGUGUCUCCCGAAAUUGAUAUUUGGAAGGACUUGAUGGCCGAGCCAAAUUCAAUACUGAAUUGUCGUGAGACUCAAGAAAGACAUAGAACACCAUUUGGCGAUGAGUCCCGCGUCUCUACACCUCCCUAUGCGUCAUUGUCACCACACAGUUUCGUCCUCAAUCCUACUACUUUGAGUGACAUAUUUUCUCUUGAUCAUUCUGUUUCUAGCCCUCCUACGUCGGCUACGUUGGCAAGAAAUCUAGAAGACUUUGCUUUGGACCUAGAGAAAGCGGGUCUCGACUGUCAGUCGAUAGAAACGAUCUGUCCGUCUUCCCGGUUCCAAUGCUCGUGGGCGAGUUAUGAUGGGCGCUUUGUCCAACGCUUGCUAAAAGAACUCACGACUAGUGACCAAGCAGCCGGAGCAGCCACUUUGGAAUAUUUUGCACGCAAGCUCACUGCGGUCAACACUGCAUCGGACACAUGGAUCGGUAGAUUAACCGAUCUUAAGGAGCUCCAACAGUGCCCACAACGUCUCUUGUUGAUGAGUGGAGAAGACGAAGAUUGCUCCCUUGUUGAAAUACAGCAAAUGUAUGGCAAGAUAAUUCAUUAUCUGUGCCGAGAAAGUGUGCUUGCCAACGAGCAUGAUACCUGUACCCUAUGUGCGCAGAUCAGGAUGCACAUUACCCAGAUCUUACAGCAGCAAGGACGAACGAAUGCGGAGUGGGAUUUUCAAAGUCAGGUAAUCGAAUCAGUGUGCGAUACAUCUGGGUUAAUCUGGAUCACCCGCCGGCGAGUGAGCUGGGCGAACGUCAAAGAGUCGGUGCCCCCUGGCUAUCGUCUCGAUCUUGCCCGCGAGGUUCUGCACGAUUUUAAAGCAGCGCAGAGCACCAAUGGAUUACUUCGAGCGGGAAUAUUCGGGACGUUGCCUACAACUGAGGAAGACACCACAAUGUCUGUUGAGACAUUUUGGACGAACUUUGGGUUUCGCCAUGGGUAUGAAUCCAGACUCUGGGAUAGGAUCCGCGAUGUGGCAACACGUACAACUGAAAAGGACCACAUGCCCAUGGGCAUUACGCGCGCGAGUGAACUGGUGCAGCUCGCUAUUAAUAUCGGUUCUCCGGACGUUCUUAUAUCGUUGAAAGAGUGUAUGCGGCAGAUCCGGGGACAACUCAUACACAAGGACACUAAUCUUCCGGAGACCCCUUGGGGUACCUUUGAUGCAUAUCGACUGCAUCAAAGGAAUCAAACAUUAUCUGCUAUAGGGCUUCGUCUCAGUACUUGGAAGUUACAGCAGUUGAGAAAGGAACAUUCUGGCAAUCUAGAGAGUGUUGUGGACCUGAUACUCGAAGGAAAGCCAUCGUCCGUCCCAGUAAGCCGCGACGAGGUAAUGGAGGCAUUGAAAGGGAGAAAAAAAGCAAGCUACUGGAGUCACUUGGUUGACUAUGUUGGGAAUCAUGAUCCAAAUAUCCUGUGUCUUCUUCCACGUUUUGUCAGUAUUGGGCCCCCCCGCUGGCAUCGACGACUGAAUGCCACCAGUUACAGAGAUUUGUCAGUGCGUGAAUGCAAAAUUUUGGGUGAGAUAUACACUGAUUUCCGAUCACAAAUUCUUCGUUCCGCCGACAAAAGCCUCUGCCAAGACCUUCUCUACAUGAAAGACCCUGGAGGCCUAUACCGCAUCGAAGAUCUAAGCUACGAAUCCAUCACACAACAGCAGCUGUCAUCCGACUUUUACGUUGGAAUCUUGCAAAAAUUUCCCAUCCCUGAAUCAUAAACGACUUAGCAACUUAUGCUGACACAGAACUGCCCCAUUCCUCUAUUUGAGACUGGGUCAAAAGGGAAGCCUUUGUUCUGGUAUUCCUGAAGUGCGCAGAGUAGACUCAGGACUAUGCAGACAUUGUAUAUAUUGAAUACUACUUUGUCAAUACGCA